GCAAUGACAUGAUAUUUGCUGCAAGCGCUGGGAUGCCUCGCUUGUGCCGUCCGUCUCGGAAUAAGUAACGACGCCAUGCGGCUCCACUGGUGCAUCUUCUCGGCUUGUGCCUGGCUGCUGCUCCUCUUCGCCUUGAUUGACAGGUUUCUCAGUCUCAGAUACGCGAGAGAAACUGAGGUGAAGACCCCAGGACGCACACAGUCAUUUAACCAGUCCUCAGCAGCCCCUGCAUUGGCCGAGUGGGAAGCAGUUCUAGAGAAGCGAAUCCAGCUGCUCUCAACUGUUUGUAAGAACAGUAGACUCAGGAGUUUGACCCACGUCCCCAUCAGCAAGUUCGUCCUGGACCGCAUCUUUGUCAGUGACAAGCACAACAUCUUGUUCUGCCAGACACCCAAAGUGGGAAACACGCAGUGGAAGAAGGUCCUCAUUGCUCUCAACGGAAAAUUCUCCAAUGUGGAGGAGAUCCCAGAGAAACUUGUCCAUCGCCACGGCAAGAACGGCCUGCCGCGCCUCUCAUCGUUCAAGCCACAAGGAAUUACACUCAGAUUGAACACUUACUUUAAGUUUUUCAUCGUGAGGGAUCCGUUUGAGCGUCUGAUCUCUGCAUUCAAGGACAAGUUCAUCACGAACCCCCGUUUCGAGCCUUGGUACAAGCACGACAUCGCUCCCGCCAUCAUCCGCAAGUACCGCAAAAGCCACCGCGGCGGCGAUCGCGUCGCGUCCGGCUUGCACUUUGAGGACUUUGUCCGUUACCUUGGGGAUGCGGAGGGCCGGUGCCGCAUGGACCGUCAGUUUGGCGAGCACAUCAUCCACUGGGCGACAUACGCAGAGCUGUGCGCGCCGUGCGACAUCCGCUACGACGUCAUUGGCCACCACGAGACACUGGAGCGAGACGCCGCCCACAUCCUGAGGAGAGCGGGCAUCGAACAGCUGGUGUCCUACCCGGCCAUCCCUCCCGGCAUCACGCGCUACAACAAGACCAAGGUGGAACGCUACUUUUCAGGUAUCAGCAAGCGGGACAUCAGGCGCCUCUACGAGUGCUAUCAGGGGGACUUUCACUUAUUUGGGUACCCAACACCUGACUUUCUGCUCAACUGACAUUCAGAGUGCAAGUAUUCAUAUUGGAGUACUUUGUAUCUUCACAAGAAACCUAUUUAUGGCCAAAUCCAACGUGAAAGAGGUGUAGCAUCAAUGACAAGCAUGUUCCUUUGCACUGAGUGGAUUUCAAAUUCUGACUAGUUUUAUAGAGUACGAAACAGAAAUAACAUUUCUAUAUUUUCUGUACACUUGCUUAAAGUCCGCGAUGAUCCUUGAGAGCAAUCGAUGCGGUGGUGAUGAUGAUGAUGAUGAUGCCUUCUUCCUGUGUCGUCGUCCUUUUCAACGAUUGUUGGGGUUGCGUUUACUGACAAUGACUGAAAUCUCUUCACUACUGCUUCUGCCGUUUUCUUUGUAGCUGUUAGUCACACGAAGCCUUGGUACAGUGUUUUACAAUGAUUUAGCAGCAUAGCACAUAAACGUUCAGCACUUUUGUUAUUUAUAUAAAGUUAUUGAAAUACUACUGUACAAUACCUCACAAAAGGGAGUACUGCACACCCCUCACGUUUGUGCAAAUGUCUUUUGACGGGACAACACGAAGGAAUCAUUUCUCCCCGUGAAACGACGUCAUGAAAUAUUGAUGGAAAUGUGAGGGGUGUGCUCUCCUUUGUGAGGUGCUGUAGCCUUCAAACGAAUUGUUGCUGCACAAGACCAACCCAGGUUGAUGAUGACAGUCAUAAUUAGGGAUGUCCCGGUCCACAUUUUUUGGCUUCCGAUCCGAUCCAAUCUCAUACCGAUCAUUUUUUUUGUGUUAUUAAUAAGCUUUUACAAACAUCCAUUUGUGGAAUUGAAUAUGGUUCUGAAGCAUUAAAAAAAAGCAUUAAAAAUAAUGCGACUAAAGUA